CGGAGGCGUCCCCAUCAGCACCACGGACAGCGCAGAGGCUUCCGGCCCGCGUCAGCGCCGCUGACAGCCCCCCGUGACCAGCCCCUCAGCCGGCUUGCAGCGGUCAGCGCCCCCAGAACAUGGCCACCGAGGUGCACAAUCUGCAGGAGCUCCGGCGAAGUGCGUCGCUGGCCACCAAGGUCUUUAUCCAGAGAGACUACAGUGAUGGGACCAUCUGCCAGUUCCAGACCAAAUUCCCCCCAGAGCUGGACAGCCGGAUUGAGCGGCAGCUCUUUGAGGAGACUGUGAAGACCCUCAACAGCUUCUAUGCGGAGGCUGAGAAGAUUGGGGGCAGCUCCUACCUGGAGGGCUGCCUGGCCUGCGCCACGGCCUACUUCAUCUUCCUCUGCAUGGAGACCCACUACGAGAAGGUUCUCAAGAAGAUCUCCCGCUACAUCCAAGAGCAGAAUGAGAAGAUCUUUGCCCCCCGAGGCCUCCUGCUCACAGACCCUGUUGAGCGUGGGAUGAGGGUUAUCGAGAUCUCCAUCUAUGAGGACCGGUGCAGCAGUGGGAGCUCCAGCAGCGGCAGCAGCGGCAGCGGCAGCAGUGGUGGGGGCGGUGGGGCGGGGGCCCGGUGACUGGCCGAGAGUCCCUGCAGGGAGGUGUAUGGCAGGACUGAGGGCCUUGCGGACCUUCGGCGGCUGCGCUACCAGAGCACCCGCUUCUGAGUCAUUCUGGAGGCCCACCUGCUGCCCUGGGCGGGAGGCCAGCGUCUGGCCAGUGUUUCCUGCAGGCCAUCAACCGCACCCCAUGCCCAUACCCUCUGGAAGGAUAGUCCACUCCCUCAUCUGGCUCUUCCCCAUAGGGCUGGUCUGGGUCACACACAGGCUAGGGUGGGGACAGCACCAUUUGGACAGGCCCUUUCUUCUGCAGCAACUCUCCCAAUACCCCAGGGAGGCCCAGGUAUGUCACACAGAGAAUUCCCAUCCUGCAUGCUUCCUUGCCCCAAGUGCCAUGUCCCCCAGGGCACUCUCCCCUUGGGGCCCCGCUCCCCCUGGCUGACUCCCAGUGUCCGUGCUUCCUGAUGCCACCCCAGGGCCUCUGCCUGUCCAUGAUCCUGCCUCCAUCUACUUUGAGGUCUGGGGAGACAGGAGUGGUCAGACUGUGGGUGCCAUGGUGGAGAGCUAGCUGUUCAGUCCCCUUUCCCAUCCCCACUCCUUGCCCACCCCCAGACCUGUGGCUUCUCUGCCCUCCACCCAAAGCCUGACGCCAUCUCGGCCUUGCCAAGAAGCAUCCAGCUCCUGAGACUUUGUAGGCCACCAGGUGCCGGUCAUGGGACACACAGCCUGGGUCUCUAGGAAGCGUCUGGAGAAAGGCCUCAUGGAGAGGUGUGGCCUGGGGGGCUUGAUCCUCCAGAACCAAAGCCAACUUCCUGAGAGUAGAACCUGCCUCUAUGUGAGAGUGAGUUGGUGUGCGUGUAGGCACGAACGGGAGUGCACCAUGUGCAUGAAUGCACGUGUGUCUGUGUUGGUGCAUGUGACUGCACCUGUGUGAGUGUACACGUGUGAGUGCACCUGUGCGUGACAGUGCACAUGUGCGUGACAGUGCGCUUGCGCGUUCCCCUUGGCUGCUAGGUCAAUGGCUGCCCCUCUCUGCAUCUGGUCUUCUCUUCCUGCGCGAUGGUCUGUGGCUGCUUCCCGGCUGGGUCCAGUUGUCCCUCUGUAGAUAAAUGUCCUAAUGCCCCCUUGCCCGUUGUCCCCGGGGCUGCUAGCUUGGCUUUCCUUCCAGGCCUUUUCCCUACCUGCAGGGUUCUCCCCACUGUCUGGCUCUACUGUGUACAUUCUAGCAGAAGAGAAGUUGGGGUUCAAGAGAGCAGAGCCAACCUUCUGGGGCCUUCCACGCCCCUGUCCCAGCCCCCCAUGACCAGGCAACAGGGCCACAGAUGCUGCAUAUCCAGCCCACGCAGGCUCCAGGGCUCACCGAGGCUGUGUAGGUGAGGCUGCCUCAGACAUCCACAGGGGCCGGCAGCCUGCAGGGGAAAAGGCAAACCCCUUCCUUGAAAGGAAAGAGGGGCAUCCAGCCCACCAGUCCCUGCCUGCCCAGGCUCAGUGGGAAGGAAGCUGCCCCGUCCUGGUGUCCUGGUGUCCUGAAGAUGGAGAAAAGGAGGUUGCCUGCCUUCGGUGGCAGGAGGUGCUAGAAGUGGAAAUGAAAGACCAGCCACUGCAGGUAGCUUUCUGAAACCAAAGAGGGACCUGAUUUUCUUUGGACACAGGAGCAGCGUGUGGGAAGGAGGUGCCUGCCCAGAGAGCUGGAGAGGGUGUCCCAGCCCCUGCGCCCAAGCGAGUUUUGCCUGAUCCAAGAAUCGCCCCAGAGAGCUGCAGUCCGGUGGGCUCCACAUAGCCCCCUGACCCUGGGCCCGGCCUGUGCCCACCCUGGCCCACUGUGUGACUGGGCCUUGUGUCGGA